AUGGCCGAAUUGCCUUCCAACGUUCAUGUCUCGCAGCAUCCCAGCCUGCUGGCCAAGCUCAGCCAACUGCGAUCCCAAUCCGCCAGUCCCCGAGAUGUCAAGUCCUUGAUCCACGAGAUCUCCUUAAUCAUCGCCUGUGAAGCCAUCAGCUCCGCCAUAAAACCGGCCAAUGGCCCCAAGGACCAAACUCCCCUAGGCUUUGAAUACACAACUGUCGUCGCCGAGCCUAGUAAUAUCUGCAUAGUUCCCAUCCUGCGAUCCGGCUUGGGCAUGGUCGAAGCCGUACAAACCAUGCUACCAGCCUCAGUACCCAUCCACCACCUCGGCAUGUACCGCGAGCCCUCGACCCUCGACCCUGUCGAAUACUACAACAAUCUCCCACGGCAAAGCUCCUCCUCAGGCCCCGAAGGUAGCAGACUCGCCAUUAUUGUUGACCCUGUCAUCGCUACUGGUGGUACGUGCGCCGCGGCCAUCCAGACCCUGCGCGAAUGGGGUGCCAGGAGGGUCCUCGUCUUGUCUGUCCUGGGAGCCCGAGAAGGUGUCCAGAAGGCUGCAGCUGAGUGGCCCGAGGGUACGGAAAUUUGGAUCGCAGGCGUGGAUAAGGAUCUGACAGAUGGGGGCAUGCUGAAGCCCGGCCUGGGUGACGUUGGAGACCGCCUGUUUUUGACUAUUGGAAAAUAA